CAAAAAGGGUGCUUAAAUUAAAUGGCAACACUAAUUAACAUAAGAGAGAACGAUAUUCCUAACGAUUCAAGUAUUUGCUUGACUAACACAGCAAGGAAGAAGGGUAAACUAAGCUCUUUAUUCCUGAAGCUAUGCUGCUGAGGUCCAGAAACUAAAUCUGAUGAGAGUAAAAGAGAUAAGCGUAUCCAAAGGCGCUCAGUAUUGCCUUCCAGUAGCAACAAUUCAGUUAAAAGUCAGAAGGAAAACCUGUUUAAUAAUGGUAGUAAAAAGACCUUCAAGGAAUCCGAGGCAGAAAUCAUUAAAGAAGAAAACAUCCUCAAUGACAGCACGAAUCCUGGUAUAUCUCUUCACCAAAGGAGGAGAUACCAAAAGAAUAUUGACCCUAAGGAUACUAAAAUAUCCAGACCUGCUCAUAACUUUGAGAGUGAAAAAUAUAUCCUUAACAAGAUGCUUGAUGAAGAUAAAAUAGUUAUUAUCGAUGAAGAAAUCGAAAAGACGACCAACCCUAGAGCUUAUGACUCCCAGGAAAGUGAAAGGAAAUAGCAAGAAAAAGAGAAAACUUAUUAAAAGAAUCCCCAAGAAGAAGAGUACUGAACCCCUUCCCAAAAUGACUGCGAAGAAUUUCCAUGGAGUUCAUACACCUAAAGGAGGGUUCGACAUCGCAGAGAUUAACAAGAUUACCCAGAUCUUUAGAAUUAUGGAGAGUGAAAGUAAGAAGGAAUACUCAGAGAUCGCUCAGAAUUCUCAAGGGAAGGACAAAUUGCGAUCCCAAGACUCCUUCUCCAAGGAGGAAGAGAAAAAGACUCCAAAGAGAGGUAGCUCUGAAGGAAUCCGAGUAAGGUCAAGGACAAAGAAACCAAAUCAACGAGCCAGCAUCGCCAUUCGGAUGGAGGACCAUGACCAAGAUCCAAGUGAUGGAUCUAUGCCAAGAGGCAUCGAGAAAGCUAUUAAUAUGUUGGAUAACAAUACGAGCGGGGCUCUAAAAAUUCCAAGAAAUCACUCUAAACAGGAAGAUGGAUCAUAUGAAGAUCUCGACAAAACCUCUUCAUUAAUGAGGCAGGACUCUGUAUCAAACGAAGAAUCUUCUAAGUAAAUAACUCCAUCCUGCUUGGAUUAAAACAUUGAACAAGCAUACAUAUUUUUCUUAUAAAUUUCAAC